CUUUCUUCAGUAUUUCUGUCAUAGUGAAAACGUUAUUUUGAAGGUUUACAAAAAUAAUUUUUAACUAUUUAAUUUAUAGAAAUGACGCAUUGCUGCUCGCAAUGCACUUUCACGGCGCAGUUCGAGAGUGCUCUGAUGAUGCACCGGCAACUGCAUCAUGAAACGAAGGACAGUUCUGAUAUCAACAAGGCGGCUACGCUGGUCAUGGAGAAAUGUAACACAGUACCCAGAGGUUCUACACUGGGCUCCACUUACUCCAACAAGAAUAAAGGAACUAAGUUGAUAGGUCGAACAUCAUCAGCGACGCGGCUGCUAGACAAGCUGCGCGCGCGCAUAUGUCGCAGUAGGACGCUGUUCUCUCACCCUGAGGAGAACUUUGAUACGAACUUGAACGAGGGCAGUGGUAUUGUGAGUAUGAACAUGGACACUUCUAUAGCGAGUGAGUGUACCUCCAAAGGUCUUAAGGCCGAACCCUCAGUGUCCCAUUCAACCGGUAUAACAGCCAUCAGAGAAGUGAAGGAAACAUUUGGAUGUCAUUUAUGUUCUUUUGAUGCUGACAGAAUAACAGUUUUAGACAGGCAUCUUUUAAACGACCACAAGAUAGGUCUCGAGAACUUACUCAAACUAGUCAUGGCAAAAACCAAAGAUGGUCUUUCAGAAGACAAUCCAAAUACUUCGAUCUAUGGCAUCAGACAACCUUAUUAUAAGCCCCCAGACGAAAUAAUCGAAGAAGGGGAGUUUGUUAUAGAAACUGUUACGCCAAAGAUUAAGAUUUUGAAACAUGCUUCAACGAACACUGACAUCCAAUGGACGGAUAUACCCGAUUUGAAAGACAAUUGCCGUAUGAUAACGAAGGAGUUAGAGAAAUUAAUAAAGUAUCCUAUAGAAAAAUGUGACAAGGAUGAGUUUUUAGUCAAAAUGCAGACUCUUAACGAAUGUAUGUGUAAGUUCGUGGAUUCUUCUAAUACUUUGAAGAAAGUUUUGACAAAGGAGUUCGAUUCAAAGCACUCGGUUCGCGAGCAUUUGAACUUGGAGCAACCGUUUUUUGAUCUCUGUUUGGGAGACAGUAGAAAUACGUCUCGAGUGUGGGAGCGAGCUCACAGCGAACAGAUGGAGAGAGGCAGAAGCAAGUAUGGCGAUAAUAAUAGAAGCGACAAGAAGUUUACAUCGGAGAGUUUUUACUUCUAAUUUACUUAUAAUAAUUUGUGAACAAUUUUAAGUUACUUUAAUAAUAAACGAUUCAUUAAUUGUA